AUAAAAAAACUUAUGAAAACUAUUCAAGAUUUAUAACAAUUAUUUAAUAUUAAAUUUACACUCUGUAAACUAACAAAAUAAUGAGCUAUAUAAAACUGGGGGUGUCACAACUAAGCUGUUUGGGAGAAUUUGUAGGUUAAACAGAAUCUAGGAGAUUGGAUCAGAAUAAUGUCUAGAUCGAUUAUUGAAAAUUCAUUUUUCUCCUAAUUAUUCCCGUCAUCCAUGAGUCUGAUUAGAAAUAGGAGGUUUAGAUGCCAAGGCUGAUACACGAGUGUGACAAUAUCUCUCAGCCUGGUCUCUUUUCUUUCUCUAUCUCUCAACUUCCUGCCAGAAUUAUUCCUACCCACUCCCCACCCAAAAAAAAAAAAACAACAGUUUUCUCCACUCUGGAAUAAUGUUACUUUGGAUAUUUUACUUCUGGGUCGUUGGAGGUCUUCCCUGUGAUGUUUGAAGGGAUUUGCUGACACUUGUGAGUUAACCUGGCCCCUCCCAUAAAUAAAUCAGUCUUGGCUUGAGAAUCCUUAUCAGGAGAUUAUGAAUUUCUCACGUUUUGGUUGCACUUUAAGUCAUGAUUAAGUAUAUUCUUUGGUGCAGAAGGUCUUAUUGUAGGACAUCUUUCUCUUUUCUUUGUUCAAUGAUAUCUGGUAAAAUAAAACCCCGCUUUACAGGUUAGAGCAAAUGAUAUUAAUGAUGCUUUAGAGGAAGGAUAUGACAGCUCAAGGGAUGAAGCAUCAUUCGUUUCCUCAUACAACCCUGUGAAAGAUAAUCUGCACAGAAGCUUUGGAAGUUCAUUACCAUUGAGUUCUUCAUCAGCAAGAUCUUUAAGCAGGGAUCCUUUGGAAGGUUCUCGGAUGACUUUAUCUUCAAAAAUGGCACUUCCCCGACUCUCUGUGGCUGAGGUUGUACAUGAUUCUGCUGCUGGUGAGCUACAUGUCUUAUCACCUCAGAAGUCAUUGUCAAUUGUCUCCCCAACUCACCAACAGAAGUUCAGAAAUCCUUUUUCUGCUGAAGAAGAUGCAGGAGUUUCCUCUUCGCCAGAAGCUGCAGCCAUUAACUCUGCUUCAUCAGAAGGCUUCAUUAGAGGAAGCUCAUAUAACAUCAGGCUGGAAGACCAAGUUCUAAUUAAAUUUUCGCCAAAAAAUUCCGACUCCAGUUAUUACUUCAGUGAUAUGAUAGGUGGGACUCUAAUUUUCUUUCAUGAAGAGACAGCUAGGAGAUGCCUUGAGGUCUCAAUAACACUGGAACUUCAGAAACUAUAAAUCGGAGAUUUGUCCACCCUUCUAGAAAGCAUUCCCCCACAAUCACAAGGGUCCAGCGUGACAAUGAUGAAGUUGAUGCAGAUCUGGUGCAGACAAGUUUUCUUUUCUCUAUCCUCAUAGAUGGUCCAAUGUCGUUCUCCACUCCUCACGUGUCAGUGCAACGGGUUCUUAGAUUUGGAUUUUAUGCCAGUGCAGAGAAUUUGGAUUGGACCAAGUAUGAACAUCCUCUUCUGAUUGAGGGAAGAGAAAAAUGUGAAUGGAUUCUUCCGAUUACAAUGCACGCACCUCCAUCUAGGACUUCUGGGGCAAGAAGUGAGAAACCUGUCUCUCUGGAUCCCUUGUGGGGCAAAAAGGUAUAAACAAAUGUUUGAUUCCUUCACAGUGAGCUCUAUACUAACAUUGCUAUAAUUUGCUUGGUUCUGUAGCAAAUCACGACACCCGAUCCUGUGUCUGAAUCAAACUUAGAAAUGAAAAACAUCAUCCUAGUAUUCUCUCUUUUGAAUAAAGUUACUCAAAAGGCAGUUUAAUCCAUUUGCGUUUAUGCAGCUUGAGUAAAGAAGAUGAAAUGUAUACAAUCAACUAUUUUAGGUUUGUAAGUAUCGGUGAAGCUUGAUGCACAGGCUCUUUUUACCAAUCAGGUGAACUGAAUACAUGAGAUUUUCACGAAACCCAUAUCUUGGACUUUAAGCAGUGCACGGUUGGUGCUGAAAUUCAUGAUUAUGAGAGUACAAUAUUUUUGUUUUGUGUUCUAUUUUUAA